UGGCGCCGGGGCGGGGCCUGUGGCCCCGCCCCCGAGAGGCCUUUUCCCGGACGCCGGAAGCGCUAGCGCGGAGCUUCUGAGCGGCUGGGUCGCGCGCCCUCCGCCAUGGCGACCAGGGCAAAGCGCCGGCGGGUGGCGGGGCCUGUGGGAGGCGACGCGGACCCGGACCCGGACCCUGUGGCCGGCUUCCUGAGCUGGUGCCGGCGGGUGGGGCUGGAGCUGAGUCCCAAGGUGGCGGUGAGCCGGCAGGGCACGGUGGCCGGCUACGGCAUGGUGGCCCGGGAGAGCGUGCAGCCCGGGGAGCUGCUGUUUGCCGUGCCGCGGGCCGCGCUCCUGUCGCAGCACACCUGCUCCAUCGGCGGCCUGCUGGAGCAAGAGCGAGGCGCGCUGCAGAGCCAGUCGGGCUGGGUGCCGCUGCUGCUGGCGCUGCUGCACGAGCUGCAGGCCCCGGCCUCGCCCUGGAGCCCUUACUUUGCGAUGUGGCCGGAGCUAGGCCGCUUGGAGCACCCGAUGUUCUGGCCCGAGGAGGAGCGUCGGCGAUUGCUGCAGGGCACGGGCGUACCCGAGGCGGUGGAGAAGGACUUGGCCAGCAUCCGCACUGAAUACUAUUCCAUCGUAUUGCCGUUCAUGGAAGCCCACCCGGAUCUUUUCAGCCCCAGGGUUCGCUCCCUGGAACUCUACCACCAGCUCGUGGCUCUUGUGAUGGCGUACAGCUUUCAGGAACCACUGGAGGAAGAGGAGGAUGAAAAGGAGCCAAACUCCCCUUUGAUGGUGCCUGCUGCAGACAUACUAAACCACUUAGCCAAUCAUAAUGCCAAUCUAGAAUACUCUCCAAAUUGUCUUCGGAUGGUGGCCACUCAGCCCAUUCCUAAAGGCCAUGAAAUUUUCAACACUUAUGGACAAAUGGCUAAUUGGCAACUCAUUCAUAUGUAUGGUUUUGUUGAACCAUAUCCCGACAACACGGAUGACACAGCUGACAUUCAGAUGGUGACAGUUCGUGAAGCAGCAUUACUGGGAACAAAAGUUGAAGCUGAAAGGCUCCUACUGUAUGAACGCUGGGAUUUCUUAUGCAAACUGGAGAUGGUAGGGGAAGAGGGAGCCUUUGUAAUUGGGCGGGAGGAGGUGCUCACUGAAGAGGAACUGACCACCACACUCAAGGUACUAUGCAUGCCUGCUGAGGAGUUCAGAGAGUUUAAAGACCAGGAUGGAUGGGGAGAUGAUAAAAGGGAAGAGGAGAGCUUGACAGUCACAAAUAUCCCCAGGCUGAAAGCAUCAUGGAGACAGCUGCUUCGGGACAGUGUUUUGUUGACCCUGCAAACCUAUGCCACAGACUUAAAAUCUGAACAAGAUUUACUAAGUAACAAGGAGGUCUACACCAAACUCAGCUCGAGGGAACAGCAGGCCUUGCAGGUUCGCUAUGGUCAGAAGAUGAUCUUACACCAGUUGUUGGAACUGACAAGUUAGCAGGUUCCCUGUUGCCUGAAAGACCAUCCACAAGAACUUUAUUCUAAGCUCGCAUUCAUUGAUGCUUGAAAAAAAGGAAAAUCUGGGUCUUUUGCUUUUCCUUUAAUAAAUACCAACAGGAAAAGUAACAAAGGUGGUGUGCUAGGGGUAACUGAGAUAAGGGUGACCUGUUUAAGGACUGGGUACAGCAGACUUGCAGAUUGCUGUUACUAAGAUCAGUGAAUUUUAUAGCUGUUUUGUUCUCAGUCUGAACCAAAGGUUAGAAGAAAUGUGAUAGUAAUAGGUUCCUGUUGUAGUCUAGCAUUUAAUAACAACGUGGACUUUGAAGGUAGACCUGGGUCUGUUUUGAGCAAGCAUCCCCCCACUCCAAGACUUCAUUUUUCUGUUAGAGGGUAUGAUAUGGCACUGGCACUCAACAACUACUGUACUUCCUCAGGAGUCUGAAGUUUCCUCUGCAUGGCACAGCCCACCGGUAAGGGAAGAAACCCUAAGCCACCAAUGACAUUCAAGCCCCAUUAAGAUUUCUGCUGUUGAGUCUUGAACUUUUUGUCCUCUGUGGCCAUAAAACUUGAGUUAUUAAGGUA